AUGAAGUACACAACAAUCGCUACAUCUGCUGCAUUUCUAACCACGGCAUUGGCUGCUACAGUUCCAUCAGCGCCAUGGACCACAUUAACUCCAUCAGCAUCAAUUCCAACUGAUGCAACUACCGACUAUACAUCAAGUUUUGGUAUUCAAAUUGAGACUGUUGAAGCUGCAUCGGCAUUGUCUACUGAUUCGGCUACUGAUCUUUCUAGUAAAUUGGAAACUGCUUCUGCCACAUUGGGUAAAAGAGCUGUUGUGAGUGCGUUAUCGGAUGGUCAACCAAAUGUUAGGUCUGGUUCAUAUUCCAUCUUGCCAUCCUCAUCUUCUUCAGCAUCAAAGUCAUCAGUUGCUCCAGUUGCUCAAAUUACUGAUGGACAAAUUCAACACCAAACUACUGCUGCUGCUGCUUCAGUGGUAAAUCAAAUCACCGAUGGACAAAUCCAACACCAAACUACUCAAGCUUCAGUGGUAAAUCAAAUUGGUGAUGGUCAAAUCCAACAUCAAACUACUCAAGCUUCAGUGGUAAACCAAAUUGGUGAUGGUCAAAUCCAACAUCAAACUACUCAAGCUUCAGUGGUAAACCAAAUUGGUGAUGGACAAAUUCAACACCAAACUUCAGCUGCUUCCGUCAUCAACCAGAUUGGUGAUGGACAAAUUCAACACCAAACUACUGCUGCUGCCGCUUCAGCUGUUAACCAAAUCACUGAUGGUCAAAUCCAACAUCAAACCACAGCUGAACCAACUGCUUCUGCUGCUGCCCAAAUUUCUGAUGGUCAAAUCCAACACAAAAACUCUACCGUUGCUGCUGAAUCAAGAGCCGCUGCCACCACACUUUCCGAUGGUCAACCACAAGAAUCAGGUGUCUCUUCAUCCAACGACGAAGACUCAUCCUCAUCAAUUCCAAAAGCUUGCUCAUCUUCAAACAACUUGGUUAUGAAGUUGGAAGAUGGUGUCUUGACUGAUUCAAAGGGUAGAAUUGGUGCUAUUGUUGCUAACAGACAAUUUCAAUUUGAUGGUCCACCACCACAAGCUGGAUCCAUUUUUGCUGCUGGUUGGUCAAUUUCCAAAGAUGGUUACUUGACUCUUGGUGACUCCAAGGUGUUUUAUCAAUGUUUGAGUGGUGAUUUCUACAAUUUGUAUGAUGAAAAUGUUGCUGCUCAAUGUAAUGCUGUCAAGUUAAAGAUUAUCGACUUUGUUGAUUGUUAA